CACACAUAAAAAAGAGACGGUCCCUGUCUGGAAGAGCUGGCACUCUUAAUCUGCAAGACAAAGGGUGGAAAGGGAAACAGAGGCACAGAGCAGUAAAAUGGGUUACCCCAGAUCACACAGCAGUGGUUUAAGUUGGGAACCUCGUUCCCGCACCGUGGAGCAGGUCCACCUGCGCUGCACCGAGGGCUCCCUGGAAUGGCUGUACCCAGCACGAGCCCUGCGUGUUGUCCUGGAGCCCAACCUGUCGAGCACCAAACACACCACUGUCUGCAUCAAGCCAGCGAGUGACUUCCAGGGUGCCAGCAUCUACGUGGAGCGCGCUGGCCAGCUGCACCUGGUGGUGAGUGAAGCUGAGGAGGCACGGCUGCGCCACGUGUCCUGCUUCAGUGCCCACACGCCACAGCGGGUCGCCCUUUUCCUGCAGGCCAGUCCGCAGCGGGAUAUCAGCCGCAGGACGGCCAGCUUCCAGUACGAACUGCUGAGCAACCAAAGCACGGCGGGCCCUGACUUCCAGAAAAUGGCCCUUGUGGAAGCGAUGUGCCGUCCUUGUGACAACAUGGAGCUUCUGAUGGCCAUUUGCAGUAGUGAUUUUGUGGUGAGAGGAUCGAUCCGAAAUGUUUCCCACGACCCUGAAAAUCACAUGACCCAGGUUGAAGUCAGCGGCCAGAAAGUCUACCGGCAGAAAAACAGAAUUUUCCGACAGGAUGAAGCAACUGGUGAAUGGAGGGGCACCAUAAAAACCCUGCUGCAGUGCAAGGUAAAGAAAGGUUCUGGAGAUUUCCUGUUCACUGGCAAUGAACAUUUUGGAGAAGCUUGGCUGGGCUGUGCCCCUAGAUUUAAGGACUUCAAUUCUAUUUACCGAACAGCCAGAGAACGGGGAACAAACCCAUGUGAGUUUCAGUUUAGCUGAAAUGCAUGUCAUGAGAGCGCUGAGUAAAAGGAUUGCAGUCUCAUGUUUGGAUGCUGUUCAUGAGGUUCAGCAAAGGCCGAAGACAGAUUUCACUAGAGCUAGGGCUGGGAGAGCCUCUUCGAGUUUAUGGCUUUAUGAACCUCUCAAACUAGGACAGUGAAGCUGCAGAAUGGUUUAAAUCCAUGAAGUGCUUUGUUUAUAAUUCAAAUACAGGUGCUUGUCCUGCCUCCAGGGAAGCUUCUGCUUUUUUAAGGGGCUGCUUUUCCCCCCUAGCUGAAGAGUAGCUUGUGCUGUGUGUUAGAGGUAGGAGAUGCCUCACAAAAUCUAGGAUGCACUAAGUGGGUGUCCUAUCUGUUUUGUAUUUUUCAUUAGCAUUUUUCUCCCCUAUUCUCCCCCCACUUAUUUUUUUUCACUCUGUGCUUCAGUUUUCACCCAUUAGAUUCCCCCCCCCCCCCCCCCCCCCCCCACACACACAGUAAGGAUGAUGCAGACUCAAUGACAUUGAGAGUGUGAGUUGAGCUACUAAGCCCACAGCCUAUCAGUGGGUUUGUCAGUUGCCUGAGGUUUCUCUCUUGGGAAGUUACAGUUCAUUAGAACACAUGCUAACUAAGGCUCUGGGGCAUAGACUCGGCUGUUGUAAAUCCGUAUAGCAACCAUGACUGCACCAGCUUAUAGCAGCUGAAGACCUUAGCGUAGAUAAGGGCUCUUGUGAUUAUCAUCAUCCUGGUUAACAUGAGUUACUAGCCUGAUGAAUUGUCCCAGUUCAGUCAAGCCCUAUAAAAAAGGUACUGCAGGUAAAAACUGUUUAUUUCAAGGCAAGUCUUGCCUGGUAAGGCACGCAUGGUUAGCCCCCAACCGCGUGCAUUUGAAUCACAAUUCGUUGUAAGUAGUGGUCGAUGUGUAGGAAGUGAUCCAGAUGAGACAGAACUGAAGGUUGUGCUGUAUCAGAAGAGGUGAAAUGGAUGUCCUGUUACUGAAUCUGAUCUUCCUGCUUUGUGAUUAAGUAAAUGAACAAUGUUGUUAACUUCAUGGUUGCACUGUGAACUUUGCUCAGCAAAAAUGAAGUUUUGAGGAACUUAAGUUUCAGAGACAGUUGGGUACAUCCCAGAGUCAGCACUCGCUCUGCUCACUGAAUAUCAUUUGUAUGAGUGGGCUUGUCUAAAGGGUUCGUGUUGUUGGGUUGGUUUUUUAAAGUGCAGUCCACAUUUCCCAGCUGUACUUUGCACUUUCAAACAUUGUGUUUGCUGCUCACCUAUGUACUGUAGUUGACUGCUUUGUAUAUUUGGGAACAAAAUUGUACAUGUUGAUCCUAUACAUUAUUGUAUUUGUUUUGCCUCGGAGUACAAAGGCCCUUAGCUAUAUCUCAGCAACAUUACCUGGAAAAUAAAAUAUUUUGUUUUCAAAAGCUUAA